AAAAAACUCACAGAAUCACGCAUCAACAAUCUCCGCGCUCUAAAUCGGUUUACAAUUUCUUCAAAAAGUUUGCUCUGUUUGAUCGAUAUCUUCUGCAUUACCACUCCACAAACCCAAACGAUUCCAUCCUAGGGUUUUGGUUUAUAGUUCUGAAUCCUACAGCUUCAAACUUCUAGAAACUCUCAGGUGUACCAUGAUUCAGACAAGAGGAGAGCUGAUCAAUAGUGAUCCUACAUUUGAUGAAUAUAAGUGCAGGUAUUACAAGGAGUUGACCCUCGGUCUGGUCAAAGUGAAGGUUUCAGAAAAGGUGUAUAAAUGUCCAUAUUGCCCCCAGAGUAGAGAAUACAGUUAUGAUGACCUCUGUAGGCAUGCAACUCGAAUAGCAACAGAAUCAAAAAGUGCUGGUUUAAAAGAAAAGGGGAAGCAUAUGGGACUUUUGGAGUUUCUAGAGAGAUCUAUCAAGUCUUCUGAAUCAACCUGUAAAAGAAGCAGAGAUCCUCAAUUGGGGUUGGAAACUCUCUUACAGAAAUGAGCAAAAGAAGUCAAGAACUUAUAAGCAGGACAGAUUCUGAUAUGGCUUUUGUUAUUCAACAGAAUGAAAUGAUCGUUGACAACUUUAACAGAGAUCUUAGAAUCUUGCAAGAGAAGGCAAACAAGAAAAUCAAAAAGAUUAUGACUGAGCAUGAACACAGCAAAAUGAAUGAAUCAGCAACUUUGAAGGAGCAGAAGCCAGAUGAAAGGAUGUUAAAGUUGGUAGAGGAUCAAAAGAGAGAAAUAGAAAAACUUAAGCACCAAAUCAUGGAGCUUGAGAAGACGUCUGAAUCCAUUAAAGAAAAUCUGAAAGAAAAGAAGAAGAAUUGA